CAUAUCUGGAUUAGGCAAAAUGCAAACGUAGGCUGAUUUCAUUUUCGUCAACUGUUAUGUUUUCUAGGAGUAUUGGCCUUAUCAGAGAAUACCGCCGUUAUCCCUCUCUAAAGGGAGGAAUUCACCCAAACUGUCGGCGUGUAAAGAAUCUGAAUCUUGCUGGUAGAAACAUUUCGAUCAGGAGUACAGGAUGGCAUCCAAUAUAAUUUGGCUCGGACUUCUGCUCGUUUUUUGUGGUGUUCUGAAAGGCACGAAGGCAACACUGUACGAGUAUGAACUUCUUCAGGACAUGUUCACCAAUUAUAGCUCAAUUGUGCGCCCGGUGAUCAAUGCUUCGGAGUCUAUAGAGGUCAGGCUGGGUGCUGCUCUCCAGCAGAUCAUAGAAAUGGAUGAAAAGAACCAAGUCCUGACUGUUAACCUGUGGAUGCGAAUGCAAUGGACAGACAGUAACUUCCUUUGGGAUCCAGCUGAUUACGGUGGUACUGACACACUUAUCGUCCCUAUUAAUUCUAUUUGGAGACCAGAUAUCGUGCUAUACACGAAUGCUGACUCUGGAUUCAGUGGCAUGAUGGAAACUAAUGCAGCUAUCACCAACACUGGCAUCGUGUACUGGAACGCCCCAGCCAUCUACACCAGUACCUGCAAGAUAGACGUAUCCUUUUUCCCAUUCGAUGAGCAGCGCUGUCCGCUGAAAUUCGGUUCCUGGGCCUACAACGGCUUCCAGAUCGACCUGGUCAACCGCUCCCUUUCAGGAGACACCUCGGCUUACAUCGACAAUGGGGAGUGGGAGCUGGUCGGCAUGCCCGUGAGAAACAACAUCGCCUACUACCUCUGCUGCGUGGCGCCUUUUCCCGAUGUCACCUUCACCAUUGUCAUAAGGCGUCGGCCUCUCUUCUACCUCUUUAACCUCUUAGUCCCUUGCAUGCUCAUUUCGUUGAUCACCGUGCUGGACUUCUACUUACCGGCGGACUCUGGGGAGAAAGUUACCCUUGGUAUCACCAUCUUGCUUGCCCUUAUUGUGUUCCUGCUUCUUGUUGCGGAGACAAUGCCGCCAACCUCUGAAGUUGUUCCACUCAUUGGUCAGUACUAUCUCGCUACUAUCGUCCUCGUUUCUGGCUCUACGGCGAUGACAGUCUUUGUGCUGUACCUUCACUAUCGCCUGCCAGGCACCAAGCCAGUGCCUUCCUGGCUCCGGACCCUGACCUUCCACUACCUUGCCCGAAUACUUUGUCUCCGCUCCGCUGUCAAGGUGGCACCAGAUGCUCAAAGGUCAGAGGUCGUGGAGAACAACCACUUCUCCAACGGCAAUGCUCAGAAAGACAAGAGCUACAAGACCAACGGAAACAAUAUAUCCACGGUUACCUUGCCGCCCUUAAUCUCCGAGAGGUUUGAGAGGAACGUCAAUUCCAUCCUUGACGAAAUCAAGUACCUAACAAAUCGGGCAAAGGAGUCGGACAGUGAGGAGGACCUCCUUACUGAGUGGAAGUAUGUGGCCAUGGUCUUUGACCGCAUGUUCAUGUGGAUUUUCUUGAUCACCACCAUUGUAACGACCAUUGGUAUUCUCUGCCAACCCAAGCCGUAUACACUUCGAGAAGACUUAUGUCUUGAUGCCACACCAGACGAAGCCCGGCUUUUUGCUGACCUGUUUCAGUGCCUCAAUCCCGCGAUAAGACCAGUGGACAAUAUCAGCGAACCAGUACUUGUGACAGUGGGAGCUGCCAUCCAAAUGAUCGUGGAACUGGACGAACGGAACCAGCUAAUUACCACGAGCUUGUGGAUGCGGUUUUCGUGGGAAGAUUCGCAGUUGCACUGGAAUCCUGACGACUACGGUGGUGUGAAGAGUUUUACUGUCCCACUUCACAAUAUCUGGAAACCAGACAUUGUCCUUUACAACAACGCCGAUGCAGAAUUCCAGGGUAUGAUCGACACUGGGCCAAGAAUUAGUCACCGCGGCAUGGUCUACUGGAAUACCCCCGCACUCUUCAAAAGUUCUUGUCACCUCAACAUGGCUUACUUCCCAUUUGAUGAACAGCGCUGCUUUCUCAAGUUUGGCUCCUGGAGCUACCACGGCUUUGAAAUCGACCUCACCAACAGAAGCGUCAGUGGUGACAUGUCCAACUUCAUCGAUAACGGCGAGUUCGACGUCAUCGACAUGCCAGUUUCUAGGAACUUGGUGUACUACAAAUGCUGCCCGAUGCCCUUCCCCGAUAUCACCUUUACACUUGUGCUUAAGCGAAGGCCCUAUUUCUACCUCUUCAACCUCCUGCUGCCAAGUCUACUCGUUUGUUUUGUCACCGCCCUGAAUUUCCUCCUGCCUGCUGACUCAGGGGAAAAAGUCAGCUUGGUUUUGACUGUUCUUUUGGCAAUGACGGUAUUCUUACUGUUGGUUGCGGAAAUCAUACCGGCUUCUGAUGCUACACCAGUUAUUGGUAAAUACCUCAUCUCCACUAUCGUUAUCGUCUCUCUGUCCGUUGUUAUGACAGUCUUCGUGCUUCACCUUCACUAUCGUCUCCCUGGGGCUAAGCCCGUGCCCCUUUGGCUCCGCAAGCUGGCUUUUGUUUACCUGGCUUCAUUGCUUUGCGUCCAGGUGUCCUACAGCCAUGGCAAGCCGGUUUUACCGUCACACUUCAACGGCAACCCCCACCCCCACCCUGUCAUCACAACCCAGAACGGCAAGAGGAAGAAGAGGUCGUGGUGGAUUUCCACAGUAGACGACAAUCCCGUGUUCGCUGAGCUGGCACGAACGGUAGCGGCUAUCAACGACAACCUGCAUACCAUAGUAACACGAGGCAACGAGCAAGAUGCGGACGACGACAUUCUGACGCAGUGGAAGUAUGUUGCGCUGGUCUUCGAUCGUCUCUUCUUUUGUGUCUACAUUGUACUCACGUCGAUGACAGCCGUGAUCAUCCUUGGUCAAUCUAAGUAUUACUCCGAAUAAACGCAAAAUUGUGCCCUGUUUUUUCAAGGGGGACACUGUUGGUCACGAUGAAACCCAAUAUUACUUCACACUUCACCAGAUGUUACGUUUUAGUCCAUGCGAUGCUUUCUGCAUAUUGACGAAUCGGCUAAGUUUUGCCUACCCAUUCCCGAUGGCCCUUUUCAAAUGCUUAAAAGCAUUGUGUUACAGAACAGAUGUCGUUCAACAAUUAUCACUGUGCUCAUCGUCAUAAAAGGGAUCACAGAAAAUAACUAGUGACAGAGCUACUUUGUAUGGUCAUCGGAUUAGUCUAUUCUCUGUACGCGGCACGUGCACUCAGCCUGCUUGCAUACUGCAUUAAAAUGCCCGCGGACCAUCCAGAUUUGUCAAACAAUCCAGAGGAGCAACAGUCUCAGAAAACAAAACAUUAGUUGCAUUUUUUUGUGAUGGAUAAGGAGUUUACCUCUCAAUGUUUUGACCAAUGUACCCUAUCGUUAUUACAAAUGUAAUAGCUUAAAUGUAGGACAGUCUUUUUUGGCCCAUUGUUGGCACAAAAUGGCUACACCAAGUCUUCAAACCAUUUUGCUGAACCAAAUUUUGCUUGAACGUACUUUCUUUCGGUAAGUAGUUUAUAUUUUGGGGCUUAAUGUUAUAUCCUAGCAUACCAAGUUAGAUUUUGCAAGAUAACACUCGGUUAUUUUAUGUUUACGUACUUGUUGGAGAAUGUUGGGACUCCAUCGGUUUGUAAAUUGUGGGAAACCUUUUCCAGACCUGUUGGUAUAUCACCGUCAUGCGGAUGGUUGAUUUUCCCCCCUGAUUUCUGUUAGGUAAAUUUAUUUAUUCUCUGUUUGUUUUUGCUAAUUCUUUGGUAAAGUUUGAUUCUGACAUUAUUAAGGCCGUCAUGCCUUUUGCUUUGGUUUAUUUAUACUGAGUUUGUUUAACUAUUUUGCAUAAGAAUUUGCACGUUAUAUGCUUGUAUUUAUUAAACACAAAUUACAGUAAGUCGUUGUUGUUCAAACGUAAUUUUAUAUUGGGUAGUUAUCUGUAGUUUAAGCUCUUUCUCACGUGUUUCUGUAUCGAAUAGAAUAAAAGUGCUACAUUUCCAGAGGUAUUUAAUGUGAGGAUUUAUUUUUCGUUAUUAUUUUUCAUUAUUCUUCAUGACGAUUUUAUUUCUUUGUUAGUCACACCCAUGGGAGAACCCGAGCAUGUAUCCCUCAUAGUAACAGAAUUUUAGAAACGUAUAAAAGAAGUCAAGUCUUUCACUUAAAAAGAGGAAGGGAAUUAACACACAUGAUCCAAUCUCAACCGUCAAAAUACUUCUAAACGGCACGGUUUCCCCCAAAUCAGCCCUGAAGACAGUUCCAAGAAACUGAUAAGUAAUUGUAUGUUGUGCUGCACAGGGAGGCUAUUUUUUGCGAAAAAGCCACUGGUUGCUGACUUCGUGUUUUGCUCAAUGUGUUUUGACAUAUAAAAUUAUUUUGAAGGCUUGUUUACUACAUACAUGUAAAUGCUGUGUGCGGCGCCCUGGCCUUUGGCCAGGACACUGACAGACGUUUGUUGUCACAUGGGGGCUUUUAGAGUGGCCUCUAGCCAUCUGGUUCAUUCGUUUGGUAGAAACAUGUGUCUACUUUCUUUGGUAUUAUUAGGUAAUUGGGCUACCUUCAUGCACACAAGACUUGUCUGAAGGCUGAAGCUGAUGAUGUCAUUAGACCAGAAGUUGCAAUAAAAAGACAUAUAAAUAAAUUCAUUGUAAAUCAA